GUGGUAUCCAGCUAAAUGGUCCAGAAGCAACAAGCAGCUGCAACUCGGCAGCAGAAGGAACUGACCGCCGUACACCAGCAACCUCAGCAAGUGUGGUAUCCAGAUAAAAUUCCCCAGAACCAACCAACCACUGAACCCCAGCAGCAGAAGCAACCGACCGCCUUGGCCCAGCAAGCAUGGUAUCCAGCUCAAAAGCCCCAGCUGCAGAAGCAACCGGCCGCUGAACCUCAGCAGCAAAUUGAACCGACCGCCAUGCCCCAGCUACCUCAGCAAGUGUGGCAUCCAGAUCAAUUUCUCCAGGAGCAGAAGCAACCAUUCACUAUGCAUCUACCUCAGAAGGAACUGACCGCCAAUCCACCACAACUGUGGCAAUCCGCUCAAAUGCCCAAGCAGCAUAAGCAACCGGCUGCCAUGCUUCAGCAAGUGUGGCAUCGGGCACAGAAGCAACUGGCCCCUAUGCCCCAGCAGCCUCAUGACGUGUGGUAUCCAGCUAAAAUGGUCCAGAAGCAAGUCGCUGCGGUGACCGCCAUGCCGCAUACGCAUCAGCAAGUAUGGCAUCCAGCUGAAUUUCCCCAGCAGCAGAAGCAACCGGCCUCCACGCCUCUACCGCAGGAGCAACCGACCGCCGUACCCCAGCAAGUGUGGUAUCCAGCUCAAAUGUCACGGCAGCAACUGGCCUCCAUGCCUCUACCGCAGAAGCAACUGAACGACGUGCCUCAGCAAGAGUGGCAACCAGCUCAAAUACCGCAGAAGCAACCGGCUGCUGAACCGCAGCAGAACGAACCGGCCACCAUACCCCAGCAAGUGGGGUAUCCAGCUCAAAUGUCCCAGCAGCGGAAGCAACACACUGCCAUGCCACAGCACCAACUGACCCCCAUGCCUCAGCAAUUAUGGCAUGUAGCACAAAUGCCCCAGAAGCAACUGGCCCCAAUGUCUCAGCAGAAUCACUACGAAAGCACUGAAGAUGGUGACUCUAGUAGCACUCAGGCCAGCAUCGUUGAACAGUCGGGUGUCAUCCCAAUCUAUUCCUACAGUUCCAAAUCGCACUACGAGAAUGGCAGGACUGUAUUCUCCCUAACCCGCUACACUCCUAGGGAGGCUAUGCCUGUUGACAGUGGAAAUGCUCCCAAGGACAGUUUUGUUCGUACUGGUGCACCAAGUGUAUAUCCAUCACUAGUGAAGGAUUCUGCAAGGAAAAUGUAAUGGAUUCAUCCUCUAGACGCUAAUGGAAGUGUCUGGUGCUCUUGCUACUCAAGCGUGAGGGAGUACAUGAACAGUUCUACUUUCAAAAAUGCCUGGUGUCUUUGAAAUAAUGGUUCUCGUGUCCAUUGCUUGCUAAUUGAGAACAGGUGGUGUGCAGUCUGCAGUAAAAAUGACUGCUCAGUUAAUUCUUUGGUUUUCUAAUCUUUUACCUUUGCUACUGGUUGUUCAAAAUAAAAGCUUGGGUCUACAUUUGUUAA